CCUGGCAUUCCCGGGGGCUGGGGGUCCUCUAAUCCGUCUCUUGUCUCUGCAGGGAGCGGGGAUGGACAGGGACAGAUCCUCCAGCGCUUCCCGGAGAAGGACUGGGAGGACAACCCCUUCCCACAGGGCAUCGAGCUGUUCUGCCAGCCCAGCGGCUGGCAGCUCUUCCCGGAGAGGAACCCCCCCACCUUCUUCGUGGCCGUGCUGACCGACAUCAACUCGGAGCGGCACUACUGCGCCUGCUUCACCUUCUGGGAGGCCGUGGAGAGCCCACAGCCCCAGAGCCACCCCAGGAAUGGUGAGGGCGAGGAAGGGGAGGAGGAGCCGUCGUCUCCCGUCCAACCUGCCCAGCUCUUCGCUCCCAAGAGCCUGGUGCUGGUGUCCCGGCUGGACCACGCCGAGGUGUUCAGGAACAGCCUGGGGUUGAUCUACACCAUCUACGUGGACGGGCUGAGCGUGUCCUUGGAGAAUGUCAUCGGGAACCUCCUCACCUGCACCAUCCCCAUCACGGGGGGAGCACAGCCUGACGCGGACGACGAAGCAGCGAGGACGAUCUCCCUGGGAGCAGGGGACAGGCAGGUGAUCCAGACUCCCAUCAAUGACUCUCUCCCUGUCAGCAGCUGCAGCGUGGCCCUGCUGUUCCGCCAGCUCGGCAUCACCAACGUGCUGUUCCUGUUCUGCGCGGCGCUGACCGAGCACAAGAUCCUGUUCCUCUCCAGCAGUUACCAGAGGCUCACAGACGCCUGCAGGGCUCUCCUGGCUCUCAUGUUCCCCCUCAAGUACAGUUUCACCUACGUGCCCAUCCUGCCCGCCCAGCUCCUGGAGGUGCUGAGCACCCCCACCCCCUUCAUCAUCGGGGUCCACUCCAUCUUCCAGUCAGAGACACAGGAGCUGCUGGACGUGGUGAUCGCGGAUCUGGAUGGGGGGACCGUGAACGUUCCCGAGUGUGUCCACAUCUCCCUGCUCCCCGAGCCCCUGCUCCAGCAGACCCGGGAAGCCCUUUCCAUGGUCCUGGACCCGGAGCUGGAGGUGGCUGAUCUCGCCUUCCUCCCUUCCACCAUUUCCGCCUCUUCCCUCAAGAUGCAGGAGAACCCCUACCCCGCAGUGACCAUGCACAAGGUGCAGAAGCCCACGGAAGGUUGUCACCUGCGGCUCCACCAGAAGCCCUUUCCCCGGCUGGACGAGGGGACGGUGCAGUGGAUCAUCGACCAGGCCACGGCCAAGCUGCAGACGGCCCCUCCGGCCGUGAAGGCCGAGAAGAAGUGCAUGGUGCCCUCAGGGCCCCCCAUAGCUGCCAUCCUGGAGCGCAACGGCAACGCCCUGGCCAACAGCGCCCGGCGCCUGGAGGUGGUCAGGAACUGCAUCUCCUACGUCUUCGAGAACAAGAUGCUGGAGGCCAAAAAGCUGUUCCCGGCCGUGCUGCGUGCCAUGAAGGGCCGGGCCGCCCGCCACUGCCUCACCCAGGAGCUCAACCUGCACGUGCAGCAGAACCGGGCCGUGCUGGACCACCAGCAGUUCGACUUCGUCAUCCGCAUGAUGAACUGCUGCCUGCAGGACUGCACGGCCAUGGAUGAACACGGGAUCGCCGCCGCGCUCCUGCCGCUGGUCACUGCCUUCUGCAGGAAACUGAGCCCGGGCAUCACCCAGUUCGCCUACAGCUGCGUGCAGGAGCACGUGGUGUGGACCAACAUCCAGUUCUGGGAGGCCAUGUUCUACUGCGACGUGCAGAACCACAUCCGGGCCCUGUACCUGGACAGCAACGAGGAGAACCACGCCGAGGAGGAGAGCACGGAGGAGCCCCAGGAAGCCAAAUCCGCCCUGGAGAUCGCGUCGGAGCAGCUGCGGCUCUGGCCCACCAUGAGCCGGGAGAAGCAGCAGGAGCUGAUCCAGAAGGAGGAGAGCACGGUGUUCAGCCAGGCCAUCCACUACGCCAACCGCAUGAGCUACCUGCUCCUGCCCCUGGACACCAGCAAGAACCGCCUGCUCCGCAGCUCCGGCCUGGGCGACGUCGAGAGCGUCAGCAACAGCUUCGUCACCAACAGCAUUGCCGGGAGCGUGGCCGAGAGCUACGACACCGAGAGCGGCUUCGAGGACGCCGAGAGCUCCGACGUGGCCAACUACGUGGUGAGGUUCAUCAACCGCUUCGUGGACAAGGUGUGCACCGAGAGCGGCGUCACCAACGAGCACCUCAAGGGGCUGCACGUCAUGAUCCCAGACAUCGUGCAGAUGCACAUCGAGACCCUGGACGCCGUGCACAGGGAGAGCAAGAGGCUUCCCCCCAUCCAGAAGCCGAAGCUGCUGCGGCCCAACCUGCUGGUGGGCGAGGAGUGUGUGAUGGAGGGGCUGCGCGUGUGCCUCAUGCCCGACGGGCGCGAGGAGGCUGCCGGGGGCAGCGUCGGGGGGCCACCCCUGCUCCCCGCCGAGGGAGCCAUCUUCCUCACCACCUACAGGAUCAUCUUCAAGGGAACCCCCACCGACCCGCUGGUGGGGGAGCAGGUGGUGAUCCGGUCCUUCCCCAUCGCCUCCCUGACCAAAGAGAAGAAGAUCAGUAUCCAGGCCCAGGCGGAUCCGUUCCUCCAGGAGGGAUUGCAGCUGCGCUCGUGCACAUUCCAGCUGCUGAAGAUCGCCUUCGACGAGGAGGUGGCUUCGGACAGCGCCGAGAUCUUCCGGAAGCACCUGCACAAGCUGCGCUACCCCCAGCACGUGCGCGGCACCUUCGCCUUCACCGUGGGCCAGUCGCCCAAGCAGGCCAUGCAGCCCAAGGCCAAGGAGAAGAACCCCUCGCUCAGGACACUGUCCAAGAACCUGGUGAAGAACGCCAAGAGGACCAUCGGCCGGCAGUACGUGACGCGCAAGAAGUACACGCCGCCCGCCUGGGAGCAGCGCGGCAGCCAGCACUUCCCCGAGGACAACGAGGACGAGAUCUCAGUGUCCGAAGACAUGGACAGAAGCACUUUGACCCCCAGCACCACCAUGAGGCCCUCGGACAAGAUGACCAACGCUCACGUGGUGGAGCGCGCCUGCUGCCGGGACUACCAGCGCCUGGGGCUGGGCACGCUGAGCAGCAGCCUGACCCGCUCCAAGAACGAGCCCUUCCGCAUCUCCACCGUCAACCGCAUGUAUGCCAUCUGCCGCAGCUACCCCGGGCUGCUCAUCGUGCCGCAGAGCAUCCCCGACAACACCAUCCAGCGCAUCUCCCGCUGCUACCGCCAGAACCGCUUCCCCGUGGUGUGCUGGAGGAACUCCCGCACCAAGGCCGUGCUGCUGCGCUCGGGGGGGCUCCACGGCAAGGGCGUCGUCGGCCUCUUCAAGUCCCAGAACGCCCCCACCGCAGGUCCCUCCCAGACGGAUUCCACGAGCCUGGAGCAGGAGAAGUACCUGCAGGCCGUGAUCAACUCCAUGCCCCACUAUUCCGAUGCCGGCGGGCGCAACACGCUCAGCGGGUUCACCUCGGCACACAUGAGCAGUGCAGAUUUCUCCGACAAGAGGCAGCAGCCUAAGCUGGGAUCGCUCAUGAAGCAGGUGAUGGGAGGGAAGGACGAAGGGCCUGGGACUUUUAGCCGCGGAGGGCUGGGUCACAGAGCCCGGGUCAUCACCCUGUCCACCCCCAAGUGCGCGUCGCCGAAGGGCCGCGAGACGCCCCGAGGGAAGUGGGGCAGCAUCCGGGCCAGCGGCCGCAUGAGCAGCUACGCCCUGAACGUGGAGAUCGGGUCCCGCCUGGCCGGGAAGGACCUGCUGGGGGCCCAGCACAACGGGACCCCCGCCGAGACCGCCUUCCUGCGGCAGCACCGAGCCUCCCUCUACAUCAUCGGGGACAAGUCCCAGCUGAAGGGGGUGAAGCCGGACCCGCUGCAGCACUGGGAGGUGGUUCCCAUCGAGGUGUUCGACGUGCGGCAGGUCAAGGCCAGCUUCAAGAAGCUGAUGAAGGCCUGUGUGCCUGGCUGCCCCUCCAGCGACCCCAGCGUGGCCUACCUGCGCUCCCUCGAGGAGUCCGAGUGGCUGUCCCAGAUCCACAAGAUCCUGCAGAUCUCGGUGCUGGUGGUGGAGCUGCUGGACACGGGCUCGUCCGUGCUGGUCAGUCUGGAGGACGGCUGGGACAUCACCACGCAGGUGGUGUCACUGGUGCAGCUCCUGUCAGACCGGUACUACCGGACGCUGGAGGGGUUCCGGCUGCUGGUGGAGAAGGAGUGGCUUUCCUUCGGCCACCGCUUCAGCCACCGCGGUGCCCAGACCCUGGCGGGGCAGAGCAGCGGCUUCGCCCCCAUCUUCCUCCAGUUCCUGGACUGUGUGCACCAGAUCCACCUGCAGUUCCCCAUGGAGUUCGAGUUCAGCCAGUACUACCUGAAGUUCCUCAGCUACCACUACAUUUCCAACCGAUUCCGGACAUUCCUGCUGGACUCGGACUACGAGCGGAUCGAGCUGGGGCUCCUGUAUGAGGAGAAGGGUGAGAGGAAGAGCCAGCAGGUCCACAAAUCCAUCUGGGAUUACAUCGACCGGAUCAACAGGAAAACUCCCGUCUUCUUCAACUACAUGUUCGCGCCCGAGGAUGGGGAGGUGCUGAGGCCGUACAGCAACAUUUCCAACCUGAAGGUGUGGGAUUACUACACGGAGGAGACGCUGUCCGAGGGCCCCUCCUACGACUGGGAGCUGACGCAGGGGCAGCCGGAGCCGGUGGAGGAGCCGGACCGGCAGGACACCGGAGCCCCCCAGAGCAAGCGCAGGAUCAUCUGGCCCUGCUAUGACAACCGGAGCCGCGUGGAGCCCGACGCCAUCUCCAGACUGCUGCAGGAGCUGCACAACCUGAAGACGGAGCUGGGGCACGUCCAGGAGCGCUGGAAGGAGACGUGGGACGGGGUGAAAGCGUCGCAGAGAACUGAGACACGGCAGGAAGGCAGCAGGACCCCCAGCUCCCUCCUGAUGUCCUCGGGGCUGUCCCACCACCGGCGCUCGCUGGGCGUGUACCUGCAGGAGGGCGGGGUGGGCUCCACCCUCAACCUGAGCCUGGACAGCGACACCAGCAGCACCUCCACCCCGUCCAGCGGGAAACCGGGCGGGCGCCGCAGCACCUCCACCCUCUACAGCCAGUUCCAGACCUCCGAGAGCGAGAACAGGUCCUACGAGGGCUCCCUGUACAAGAAAGGCGCCUUCAUGAAGCCGUGGAAGCCUCGCUGGUUCGUGCUGGAUAAAACCAAACAUCAGCUCCGGUACUACGACAGCCGGAUGGACACGGAGUGCAAAGGGGUCAUCGACCUGGCCGAGGUGGAGUCCAUCACCCCGGGGACCCCCACCAUGGGGGCCCCCAAGACAGUGGAUGAGAAAGCCUUCUUUGAUCUGAAGACGACAAAACGAGUUUACAAUUUCUGCGCCCAGGACGUGCAGUUGGCCCAGCAGUGGAUCGACCGCAUCCAGAGCUGCCUGUCGGACGCGUGAGCGGCCCCGCGGAGCCGCAAUUCCAGGCACGGCUGCCGGCCCCGAGCCGGGAGCAGAGGCAGCGCCAGGCUCUGCCUGAGCCUGGGACUGAGGAGAGGAGGGGAUGGCCUCCCUCCCGCCCGCCCCGGGCAGGGCGGGGCCGUUCCCGGGGGUAGGACGGCGCAGGGAGGGAUUCCUAAGGCAUCCCUCGAGUUGGAGCGGGCGGGGGGACCCGGCCCCACCCGGCCCUGUCUGAGCCCUGUCGUGACUCCGUGUCCUCCGUGUGCCCGAGCCCCAUCCCGCGCCCCGGGCAGGGGGUCCUGGCCCUGCGCCCCCCACCCCACACUGCUGGAGGAGCAGGAGCUGCCCCCUCAUCCUGCCACCGCUUGCAUGUCCUGCCAGAGCCCCCCGGAACCUGCCCUGCUCCUCCCACCGGGAGCGUGUCCUGGGCUCCGCUCCCGUCCCCGUCCCCGGGGAUGUGCAGGGAUGUGCAGCGCGGGGGAUGGCGGCGGUGACACAGCGGAGCCCUGGGACCAUCCUGUGUCCCAGCCCCGGAGCCCCCGCGCUCCCAGCACAGGAUCGGGAAUGCUGGGAUGCUGCAGGCGCCGUGUCCCGGAGGGGAUGUGGCCGUGGCCGUGGCUGGAGCCCCCUCGGGCUGUGCCGGGGUCCCUGUGCUGGCUGGGACAGUCUCUACCUCCACGGCCAGACCGGCUGUCCCGGGGGGGCACGUUCCCUGUGGGAGGUGCCAAAUGCUGGAGCCUCCCGGGUGCCCCUCUGGCCCCUCGUGUCGGGGGGGACCGGCCCAGUCCCCUCCCCAGGAUGAGGGUCCCCUCGGGGCGGCGGCGAUGACGGGGCUGGCACAGGCUGGCACAGGGACAGUGGCCCUGCAGGUGCCACCCGGUCUCUUUGCACAGGUCACCCCCCACAACCCCCUGUGUGAAGGGGGGGCAGCACCAGGAGGGCACCACACGCGCUGAGCUCUUCUCCCCCCACCCCAGGGCUCUCCCCUGCCCCGAAGCCCCCCAUGUUCCCCCCUCUGUGCUCUGCCUGGGGGGCUCGGCUGGAGCCCCCGGCCCCCCGGAGGGCAGCUCCGUGUCCCCCCCGCUGCCCCUCCCCACUCGCUGCCGUGUCAGUGACGGGGGACCCUCGGUACAGACCCUGCUCCUGCAGCCCCCCCCGCACUGGUGUGAACUGGGGGGUUCAGCCCCAGCCCGGGGGCCGUGGGGGGAGCCCGACCCGGCACCGUGUGGUGGCUCCGGCCCCGCUGCCCCCCCGGGACCCCCCCCGCCGCCCCCCCCCCCCCCCGUGUUGUUUUUAAAGCCCCCCUUCCCCGUGCAGAGCCCCUUGUACAGUCCCCGUUCACUGCCCCAGCCCGGCUGUGCAGGUGUAACACGGAGGUUUGUAACUUACCUGAGCAGUUGUAGAUUAUUGAAGUUUCUGUACAUUGUGUCAAACAUGCAGAGUCCUUGUAUUGUAUUUGUGCCUAGAGGAAAAGGUUAUUCUAUAAAGAGAAAACUAACGGAAUUUAAUAAAAAAAUUAAUAUGACAG